AACAGUUUCGCAUCGGAGCGCAAAUUAGUCAGCUCGGUUGGGCUUUUAAUGCAGCGAUGGGAUCGGGACGAUCAGGAUCCAGAUAACCCAUUCGAGGUCGCUCUAUUGCGUUGGUUAUUUAUAGUUGUCACCGACGUCUAUAGUUCUGACGCGACUAUUCUGACGCACAAAACCCAUCCAAAUAGUUUAAUCAAAAUCAUCUGGCUGCGUUCUCCUUUGGAAGAUCUUCGACAUGGAUCCUGCAAUAAUUGAGUUUAUUGGCGAAAAAGUCAUGAUCAGCAUUAUUCCAAACUUUUCAAAUGAGCCGCUGCAUAUGAUCUACGGUUCCGUUGGCCCAUUCCGGGCGGGCUUUCCUGUCUUCGUGCCCCUGUGGAUGGCGACGCAUCUGCGCAAGCAACAGAAAUGCCGGAUUGUGCCGCCGGAGUGGAUGGACAUGGACAUACUAGAGGAGAUCAAGGAGGAGGAAAAACGAUCUAAAUUUUUCACCAAGAUGCCCUGCGAACAUUACAUGGUAGUGGCUCAAUUGGUCAUGUCAACAGCUCCUGAUGACGUUCCCAGAUGCGAGGAGCUACGCACCGUCAUCAAGGACAUUUUUGACAUUCGCGAAUCCAAACUGCGCACCUCAAUAGACGCUUUCAUCAAGGGCGAGGGCACCUACGCCAAGCUGGACAACUUAACGCUCCUAGAAAUCCAUAGCGUGCGACCGAUCCUUCCCUACUCUCUGGACCAUAUAGCGCGAUACCAACGCAUGGCCACUGCGUCCCAGAGGGACACCUCUAUGCUCAGUAACUCCAUGAUGGGCUCCAAUUCAGUCCCCAAUAGUAACUCGCUGUUUUCUCAGUGAUUAGUAUUAUUAAAAAUAUAUAUGUACAAUCUAAUAGUUAUAAGAAUAU